UGUUGGACCAGGUUGAGGAGGAAGGUAUGAGAGUGCAGAGCGCAGGUGAGCGAUCAGAGCUGAGAUGAGCCGCUGAAGCAUGGGACCCUGCUCGACUGACUCAUGGAGCAAGAGGAUCCUCAGGACGAUUCCUUCGACUUCCUCUUCAAGAUCAUCCUUAUCGGAGACUCCAACGUGGGCAAGACCUGCCUGGUGCAGAGCUUCAAGACGGGCCUGUUCUCCGAGAGGCAGCAGAACACCAUCGGCGUGGACUUCACCGUCCGCACACUCAACAUCGACGGCAGAAGAGUGAAGAUGCAGGUGUGGGACACGGCAGGACAGGAGCGCUUCCGCACCAUCACGCAGAGCUACUAUCGCAGCGCUCACGGGGCCAUGAUCGCCUACGACGUCACCCGCAGGGCCACAUUCGACUCCGUGCACAGCUGGGUCCACGAGUUGCAGCGAUUCGGAGCCGCUAAUGUGCUCAUGGCGCUCAUAGGUAACAAGCGUGACCUGGAGGCCGAGCGUGAGGUUCAGUUCACGGACGCCUGCAGGCUAGCGGAGGACAAGGGCAUGCUAGCGGCUCUGGAGACGUCGGCCCGUGAGGCGCAGAGCGUGGAGGAGGCCUUCGUCAUGAUGGCGCGGCAGCUGCUGCUGCAGAACGGCAUGAGCGUCACGCAGGACGACACACACAUGCUGCUGCGCACUAACUCGCGCGCCGUCAUCAGCGGCCCCACGUUAGCGAACAACGCUCAAGAAAAACAGCAGCCCUGCCAGUGCUGAUCGCAACACCACCAGAUCUGAGGGGCCGUUCACACACAACACGUUCUUUUAUUACAAUGUGCUACUUUUCCAUUGUUUCUCUAUGUAAAUGUGCUAGACUUGUGCGACUAUUGCACCACGUUUCGCACUUGAGUGCUGCAUUUUUAAGUUCCAAAACAGGGGACCAAUCAGGAGUCCUCAGAGGCGGGGCAAGCGUGGCAAGCUUUUGUUUACAGUAGUUUGAUGUUUGAUGACAACAGGGCAAAAAUGUUCCUAAAUGUUGCGUUUUUUAUUUUUGGGCUCAAAGACGCGUUCUGUGUGAACGGCCUCUUACGGUGUUUAUACUUGUGUGUUUCCUGUGAAUAAAUGAAGUUACUGCCGCCACCGCUGAAGAAAACCAUCCCGCUACAACUGAACAAAUUUAUUAAGGGCAUUAGUAACUAUUAAUAAUCACUAUUUAUUGAACAGGAGUGGAAUGUUUAUACAGUGAUUUUAUUUGAAGACUUGUUAUUUGCAUCUCCAGUGAAUGUAUGUUGAUUUGAGGAUGUUUGUGCUGGAAAACCAGACACUUGCACUGAGGAAAAACAUCAGUUUCUGCAGUUCAAGUUGAUUAUUAAAGCGUUCUCGAAUAACGCGCAAACUAAUUUAAUGAAGAGCACGUUACAAUGGAUGUGAGGCAAUAUUUCCACAACGGUUUGGCGUACUUGAUAAAAAUCAUGAUCUGAGGCUACCUGCACAGUUUUGGUGCAGCACCACCUAGUGGUUAGGAGAUUUGAAAAAUAUCUAUUUUUGCUUAUAGCGUCUGACUGGUUUGGCCAAAAAUCAGUCAGAGCAUACCUGUUAUGUUUGUUUUGCACAUGUGUGAAUGCACAUCUCUGUAAACGCUCUCAGUCUCGGCGAACGUUCGUGUCAAAUCCAAGAGGAAGUGAGUGACGUUCAUCAACGCACAGCAGACGAGACUGAGAUCAAACAGGAACAGAUCACAGAUCCUCAUUGAGUUCCUCCAUCCGCUUGACAAUGAAUGUUUGAUUUCGUUCAGUUUUCAGUCAGUGUAUGUUGUUUUUAUUUUCAUUGUAUUGUUUUGGGGCUACAUGUGCUGGCAUGAUUUAAACAUUUAUUCAAAUAAAUCUUUGGUCUUUGUUCAUGCUUAAUGAAGACAAUCUGUCGGGGUUUGAAUGUGUAUUAAAUAAUAAACUGAUUUUGGAUUUUGUUUUCAAAUUUUUAGUAAAUAUUGUUUUUAUUCAGUUCAUCAAUUGUUUUAU